AAUUAUAAAAUAACGUGAGAAAAUGUGUAAGGUUUAUUGCUUUUUGCAACUAUUGCUACGGGAAGCUGAAAAGAAAUAGAGGCAUGUCCUUCUUCCCUCACCGCCACUUUUCCAUCGUCUCAAGAACCAAGUUCCCUAACCUCUCUAACAUCCCCACCAGACACAGAAACCUCGUCAUUCACGAAGCUCAGAAAGCUCUCACCGACUAUCUCCACGGCACUAGGUGCUUACCCUUUACAUAUGCGGAACAAAUUAGCAACAACACUCUUUAUUCCCUCACCAAUCUCAUUUCAAAGGUAAAUUUUUCCGCACCUACUUUCUCCAAAAACAUUAACAAGGUCCUUAGGUUCCACCCCAUUAACGAAUUUGAAGUCUUUUUUGAAAGCAUAGGCAUAGAUUAUAACUUGGUUUCUCAUUUGUUACCUAAUGAUAAGAUGUUCUUUUCUCAAGAUGGGACCCUUUUGGAAGCUGCUUGUACACUUUAUAAUUUUGGGUUUCCUUGGGAAAAAUUGGGUGUGUUGUACAUGGAAAAGAGUUAUAUAUUUCGGAGAAGUGGUGAAGAGUUGAAAUCAAGGCUUUGUGGUUUCAAAAGGUUUGGUUUUGGUAAUGUUGAAGUCAUUGGUAUAUGUUUGGCUUUUCCUUUUGUUUUGGUUGAGGAAGAAGGUGAAAUGGGUGUUGUUGGAAUUGAUGGGUUGUUUAGUGAUCUGAAGUUGAUUUUUUUGGAUUUUUCUUUGGCUAGUUCUGUUGAAGGGAAUGUAGAUUCUUGGCACGAGGUUUGUAGAAAAUUGCGGUUGUUUUUCGAUUUAAAUGGAUGGAAGGGUAAGGUAGGAGAACUCAUGGGGAGGAAUAAGAGUAUAUUUGUUGAACACAAAGAAGAGGAGUUAGUACAUAAAGUAGAGUAUUUUUGUAGAUUUGGUGCAAAGAAGGAAGAAGUGGCUUUGUUGAUUCUACUAUGCCCUGAAUUGUUGAAGCUUGAUUUGGAGAAGCCUGUGAUUAAUGUGUUGGAGCUGUUGAAACACUUUGGCAUUAGUUCUAAAGAUUUGGAGGAUGUUAGGGAAAAUUUUGGCCAUGUGUUGGGAACAAAUAAAAUGGUUAAUCUUCCUAAUGUGAUGAGGGCUUUGGGUUUGCAGGAAUGGUUCUUUGAUAAAAUCAAGGGCGGAGAUCAUCGGUUAUUACCGGAUUAUAUCACGAGCUAUUCAAAUGAAGAUCGGGAUAAAGAUUAUCAAGAUGGUUUGAGUAGAAUUCUCGUUUCGAGAGCUCGAGUUCAUAGCAUUAAGAAAUUAAAUUUCUUGCAUGGCUUAGGCUUUGGAGAAAAUGCCUUGACUAUGAAUCUUUUGGAUCGUUUGCAUGGCACAAGCAGCGAGUUACAAGAAAGAUUCGACUGCCUUCUACGCUCUAAGAUUGAAUUCUCGAAGCUCUGCCUGAUGGUAAGAAAAACCCCGAGGAUACUAAACCAGAAUUAUGAAAUUAUAGAGCGGAAGGUGAAUUUCUUCAACAAGGAAAUGGGAACAACUUUAGACUAUCUGGAAAAUUUUCCAGCAAUGUUACAUUAUCACUUGGAGGAUCGAAUUAUACCUAGGUUUAGAUUCCAUAUGUGGCUUACAGAAAAUGGUCUGUCUCGUAAAACAUAUUCCAUUGGAAAUAUGAUCAUUAUCAACGAAAAGAAAUUUGUAGCAAGAGUGUUUAAAAUUCAUCCAGCUGCUCCAAAACAUUGGUUUGAUCAAUUCUGUCGCCGUAAAUUUCCAAUGUAACAACCUUUGUAUUUAUAGUGUAAGAAUGUAUCAUUAACUUCAGGAAUAUCUCUGAUUAAAUUUGUACAGUAAACAGACUAUUAAACUUUAGGUGAUUUCAGAAAGCCUGCGACAAAGAUCUAUGUGCUUUACGCUGACUCAUAGAGCCAUAAAGAAUGACCUGCAAAAGACAUGUAUUGCACUGCUUUAUUUGUUGGACCAAAUUUCAGUUUCGAGAAGAAAACGGGGUGUUCGGUGAAUGCUAAGUUCUGCUUUGAAGAAGGAAUUAUGCUAAGGUAAGAGAAUUAGAUCCUUUGUUCGGUGAGGGUGAGACUUUAGGCCUUUGGCAUGCUCAAUGGAUUCAGUAGUUACAUGAUUACAUCUCACUAUUGCAUCUUUGACUAGUUCUAAACUAGUGGUUGCUAAUUUCAAUAAAAAAACAUGAUGAGGAGGAGGAGGAUGAUGACAAUACCGUUUUGGAUCCAUUUUAGAGGAUUGUAGAACACAAUCAAGGUCUUCUACUAAUAACUCAGUGCUAGUUCUCAAGUUAUAGUGAUAUUCUACAAUGUAUUGGUCCCUAUUAUUCAGUUUGAAAUGCAACAGUUUUGACUCUCAAAAAAAAUUGUCACAGAAGUUGAAAUAACGGCAUUAUUACUUGGUUUUCACAUUAAGAGUAUAUUGUUAGCAUUUUUCAUUGUAAAGAUCCCUUUUUAAAAGUAUAUUUAGCUUAUAUAAACAAAAUGUUCAAGUAGUGUACACAUUUUGCAAAUCUGAAAUCGACCUUUGAUGAUUUGACUCGCACGAGCAACCUGGGAACUGAGAAUAUGCUUAUAUAAGGCAGCUAGCUUAGUGAGAAUAUGCUCAUAAUAGGUUUUGAGAGAGUUCAGAAUAUAUUGAUCUCUUCUUGUCAUAAUAAAAUUGUAAUCCUUUUUGCACCUUUAUAA